GCGCAAAAGAACAGUGUGGUAACAGUUGUCGUUACCCGUAUGACUGUCCUUUUAAUAACAUCUACAGAUACCGUCACAGAUCCACUGCGUGCACUGGCUGUGUUUUUUGCUGAGAGCCUUAUUUAAUGUCUGAGGAGCGGACAAGGAAAGAAUGAGCGGGGAACGUGACAUUUGCACUCUUCAACCGGCCACGGAGAGAGACACGAACGCACCUGUUCAAAACCUCGCUACUUCAACGCCAGCCAGAGCCAUCACCAAAAGUGCAUGCGAUGCCCUUCGCAACCAGACCAAUCUGUCGUCCGGUGUGGACAUCAGGGAGGCUAAGUGGCAGCCGUCCUAUCACAUCAAAAAGGAGGAGGAAGAGUUCUUAUGUAUUAAAAAAGAAGACCAGGAGAAGUUCACCCCGGUUUGGCACCCUCACAUAGAGGAUCCGCCACAACUCUGUCCCAUUAGGAAGCAGGAGGAAAAGCUGCUUUAUAUCAAAGAGGAACAGGAGGACGUCAACAGCUUGACCAAUGUUCCCUUGAAGAGUGAAAAUGAAGGUCCAAUUAAGCUGAGCGGAGCGGAGCCUCCGAGCAGCAUCAGCAUCUUAACAGAAGAUGACAAAGACCAACGUGGAGAAACUCCAGCAGACAUCAGGGAGGCUUAUUGUCCGAAGUGGCAGCAGUCCUAUCACAUCAAAAAGGAAGAGGAAGAGUUCUUAUGUAUUAAAAAGGAAGACCAGGAGAAAUUCACCCCGGUUUGGCACCCUCACGUAGAGGAUCCGUUGCAACUCUGUCCCGUUAGGAAGCAGCAGGAAGAGCUGCAAUAUAUCAAAGAGGAACAGGAGGACGUCACCAGCUUGACCAAUGUCCCCUUGAAGAGUGAAAAUGAAGGUCCAAUGAAGCUGAGCGGAGCGGAGGAGUCUCCGAGCAGCAUCUUAACAGAAGAUGACAAUGACCAACGUGGACACACUGGUCAGAAACGUUUCUGCUGUUCAGUUUGUGGUCAGAGAUUCUCUCGUAAGGGACAUUUAAAUCAACACGCAAGUAUACACGCUGGUGAGAAACGUGAAAUGCCUUUCUCCUGCUCGAUUUGCGAUCAAAGAUUCUCUCAAAAGGGAAACUUAAAUCGUCACGCCAGGAUACACACUGGUGAGAAACGCGAAAGGCCUUUCUCCUGCUCGAUUUGCGGUCAAAGAUUUUUUGAAAAGGGACCCUUAAAAUAUCACACAAGAACGCACACUGGUGAGAAACCGUACUCCUGCUCAUUUUGUGGUAAAAAAUUUGCUCGGAAUAGCCACUUAAAAAGUCACAUAAGGAUACACACUGGUGAGAAACCGUUCUCCUGCACAAUUUGCGGUCAGAGUUUCGCCGAAAAGGUAACCUUGAAGCGUCACAUGGGAACGCACGGCGGCGAGAAACCUUACUCCUGCUCAAUUUGCGGUCGGAAAUUCUUGGAAGGGCGACAGUUAGAUCGUCACGCAAGAACACACACUGGGGAGAAACCUUUCUCCUGCUCAGUUUGCGGUCAAAGAUUCCCUUGGCGGUUUGCGGCAACUAAGCACAAGUGUGUUGGUGCGAAAAGCAGAGACCGAUGAAGGAUGAAUCCAAGUUUGCGUCAUCGCUUUGUGGAUGCAGGACAAUUGUAUUAUGAGGUCAUUAUAGUGUCCGGGUAUCAUUCGUUCAUUCCAUAUCUAUUUUAGAAUCCAAAAUCUGAAAACGGAUAACGACUUGUUAUUUUAUUUCUCGUUUUCAAAUCAAUAAAUGGAAAACAAAUAACAGCCUCUUUUUCGCCGUUUUGAUUUUGUUUUGAACAUGGUACCCGCGGGUUAUUAAAAGUAUUAAAAAAACAUUGAAUUUAGUUUCCAUUAUUAAAGGUAUUAAAAGUAUUAAAUUAGCUUUUGUAAGUCUGGAAUUUUUUCACCGUGGUCUUAAUUUUCAAGAACAUCUCAGUGCAACCUAAAUUAUAUCCUUGCCGAAGUUUUUAUUUUUUUAUUUUAUUUUUUUUAUCCAUAAUGAAGUUGACGCAUAGAAUUUUUACGAUGCACUGCGCUACAAAUCGAAAUGCAACUCGUGCGUGCCAAACCACCACAACCGGCAAAACGGAGAAUCCACCCACCUCUGCAUCGGGAAUGCGUCCGUUUGUCGGUGGAACGAAAACCCUGCAACCAGAAAUGUUGUGGAUUCUGAACACCAAAACAGACCACCAUUCAUAUACUUCAAAUGAGUCCAUUGGUGAUCUGUUUUGGAUAUUACGUCAUUUUUGGUGGGCAUCGGCUAUCACAAUGUUGGUCACAUUGCGUUUUGUUCCAGAGGGAGCGUUCCCGAUGUCGUAACUGCCUUUUGUAACGAAUUUUCAGUUGGCAGAAAAAAACCCACACAUUUUCUUAAUGUUUAAAUAGUCUACAUAUUUUUAUGAUCAUUAUAAAUUCAUUUACACAAUGAAAUAACGCUGGAAAAGUUUGUUAAACAUGAUGUUGGUCAAAUCGUGUUUUUUUCCGGAGGGACUAUUCCCGACUUCAUAACUGCAGCCAAUUUAAGCUCAUCAAGACUUUAAGAUAGAGGUAAAAUCGGGCCUAAAAAAUCCAGCCCGACCCGAACUGGUCCACGGGUAUUAAAGCCCGACCCGCGUUUUGUGUGAUAACAUUUGUGACGAUGUCUGCAUAAAAGCCUGUCUUUUGUAACGAAUUCUCAGUUGUCAGAAAAAAAAACGCACAUUUUCUUAAUGUUUAAAUCGACUACAUAUUUUUAUGAUCAUUAUAAAUUUUUUUACACAACGAAAUAACGCUGGAAAAGUUUGUUUAAUACAAAUAAACAGAUGCGGUUUUGCGGACUCGCAGAGGGGAAGAUUAAAAAGGGCGUAUAGGCGCGCUCUGCAUGGCUCUGCAAUGACCAUACCGCGCCUUCUUUUUUUUAUCCAAAUUAUUUAUUUUUUAACAAGUAUUCCUUAGUUUAUCAUUCAUACAUCGUUAAUAUAUAAUUAUUUCAAAAAGUUAGCGAGAAAGAACCCUGGCCCGGCCCAACGUAAUAAUUGACAUCUUAAUUUUGGUCAUGUUUUCAGUUUAAUUUAGCUGUUUCCAGCUUGCUAUGUUUAUAAUUGUGAUGUUUGUUUACCGCUUUUUCUCUUACUGCGAAGAGGGAGGAAGUUACAUCGGCCGCCGCUAUGAUAUUUAAGUCAUCAGCCAUCUGCUGUGACCCAGGAAUUUAACGCCUGCUUUCACGCACACUGCUUCCCAUGUCAGUCGACACGGGAAAUUGUAUUCACACACAACUGCUGCACGGUUAAGACCCGCGAUAUUCCCGUUGUUUUGGAGUAUGUGAUAGGGGCUCAAGUUACAUCCAGAUACUUUAGGUUGCAGUUUAUGGGUCAUGCAAAGGCAGUGGACCUGCUUAAACAUUUUGGUUUGCCUUUCGAAUGAAUGUGAAUUUUGCCGUUUUAACUCAAGAGUUAGCCAUGUUCACUGGGGUCUUGGCAGGUGCACUAGCGGCUAGCCUGUUAUAGAAGAUGGCUGGUCUGAGUCCUGUCCUCCUCCUUUUUGUCCAUAAUUAUUGUGUGUGUGUGUGUGUGUGUGUCAAAAAAAAUUCUGACAGACUUUAUAAUGUUACUUUAAAUGUGUUUUAAUUGUAUCUUCAAUAUACAGUGCUGCUCGAAAGUUUGUGAACCCCACAGCGAUGGUCAGAUUUUUUGUAAAAAAAACUAAAAUAACCUUAUUAAAUGUUAAGUUAUACCCAAAUCCACAAUACUGACAUUCCAAAUAAUGGACUGAAACAAAAGAAAUAGUUAUAUUGUCAUUCUUUAUUUAACAAAAGUGGUUGAUUUAAGAAAAACUCAGAUAUCAUGUGUGCAAAAGUAUGUGAACCCCUUCAGUUAAUAGGAUAUUGCGCCUCCUUUUGCAGAGAUUACCUCAACCAAACGGUUUCUGUAGUGACUAAUCAGCCUCUCACAUCUACUUUGGGGGAUUUUUGCCCAUUCUUCCUUGCAGAACGCAGUCAGUUGAGAGAGGUUUGAUGGGCGUCUGGCAUGAACUGCUCGCUUCAGGUCCCGCCACAGCAUUUCAAUGGGAUUUAGGUCAGGACUUUGACUGGGCCAGUCCAGAACACGAAUCUUCUUCUUUUUCAGCCAUUCCUUGGUUGUAUUGCUGGAAUGCUUUGGAUCAUUAUCAUGUUGCAUGAUCCACCUUCUGCCAAGCUUUAACUUCAAAACAGAUGGCGUCAGGUUAUGUUCUAGGAUUUGACAAUAUUCCUCAGAAUUCAUGAUUCCCUGGACUAUGUGGAGUUGUCCAGGUCCUGAGGAUGAAAAGCAAGCCCAGAUCUUGACAUUCCCACCUCCAUGCUUCACUGUUGGGAGAAGGUUCUUUUGGUGGUAUGCAGUGUUGACUUUUCGCCAGACAUGGCGGUUUUGGUUGUGACCAAACAGUUCAAUUUUGCACCUACAUCAGUUGAUGAAAACUCUUUUUAAUUUAGUCUCGACAACACAACUGUUAAAAAAACAAAAAAAAAAUACUGAAUUGAUUGAUUAGGAAAUCAGGUUGAAAUAAUAGAAAAUUCCAAAAUGUUGAGGGGGUUCACAAACUUUUGAGCAGCACUGUAUGUGCAUUCUUUUAUCAAACACACUUAGUAAUUGAGGUUAAAUUUGAUGUUCAGUGCUUUGUUUAUUUGAUAUGAUUCAGUAUGAUCUAAAAAAUGGGUGCAAGAAAAGUAUUAAUUUUCAGUUGAAAUGGCAUUAAAAAAGGUCUUAAAAGUCUUGAAUUUAGAUUUAUCAAUUCUGGGGGGACCCUGUUUGAAAUUAAUGAUGGAAUUUUAGGGUAUGAAAUUAUUUGGGCUGUCAAACGAUUAAAAUUUUUAAUCGUGUUAAUCACAGCUUAAAAUUUAAUUAAUGGUAAUUAAUCGCUAUUCAAAACAUCUCUAAAAUAUGCCAUAUUUUUCUGUAAAUUGUUGUUGGAAUGGAAAGAUUAGACACAAGGUGGACAUAAACAUUCAACAUACUGAAAUUAAGUACUGUAUUUGUUUAUUAUAGUAAUAAAUCCACAAGAUGGCAUUAACAUUAUUAACAUUCUUUCUGUUAAAAGGGAUCCACAGAUAGAAAGACUUGUAGUUCUUAAAAGAUAAAUUUGAGUACAAUUUAUAGUAUUUUAAAUUAAAACCCCUCUUAAUGUUUCCAGUUUAAUAAAAUUUGUAAAAUUUUCAAUCAAAAAAUAAACUAAUAGCUCGCCAUUGUUGACGUCGCCGAGCGGUGACGUCUCAUUGGGCUACCUGCCGUUCUCUUCUCUGUCUCUGGUGUCCUUCGACAGCUCUUUGGUCUCAGCCAUAGAGGAGUUUGAAGUGUGACUGACUGAGGUUGUGGACAGGUGUCUUUUAUACUGAUAAUGAGUUAAAACGGGUGCCAUUAAUACAGGUAACGAGUGGAGCCUCGUUAGACCUCGUUAAAAGAAGUUAGACCUCUUUGACAGCUGGAAAUCUUGUUUGUUUGGAGGUGACCAAAUACUUAUUUUUCGCUCUAAUUUGGAAAUAAAUUCUUUGAAAAUCAAACAAUGUGAUUUUCUGUUGGGUUUUUUUUCUACACUGUGUCUCUCAUGGUUGAGGUUUACCCAUGUUGACAAUUACAGGCCUCUAAUCUUUUCAAGUAGGAGAACUUGCACAUUUGGUGGUUGACUAAAUACUUAUUUGCUCCACUGUACAUGUUUUUGCAUAGUUAUUUUGGGGCUAUCUAGGGUUGCUUAAAGGGUUAAUUCCGACUCACGCGGAAAUUCGGGUUACGUCGCAAGAGUAGGAACGGAGCUCGCUGUUAAUACACUACUCAAAAAAAAAACAAAGGAAACACUAAAGUAACAUGUUGUAGAUCUGAAUGAAAGAUAUUUUUGUUUAAAACUUUGUUGUUUCCAUAGUUGAAUGUGCUGACAACAACGUCACACAAAAAAUAUAAAUUAAUAUCAAAUGUGUCAACCCAUGGAGGUUGUCAGGGAAAUUCAACUUUGAACUCCAAGACAAGUGUCAACUCGAUAGGUCUAUAUGAGAAAUGAAUCAGACCAACCAAGCAUUGCCUGCUUCGAAGACUUUAUGUAAAACUUGAUAUGUCAAGGAUAUAAUGGCGUGAUCCGGAAAGGAGCCGUGAACACUCAAGAGUACAAAGAAGCACAACAGAGGCCGGACACUUAUACUUUUGAAAGGGCGUUACCUAAGGAUGCUUACUGUGAAACGAUACCUACGAAAACGAAAGUGAAACUUAAGUAUCAACUCUGGUGUUUUUUUUCUACAGAAAAACAUUAUGAGCUAUGACCUUGGGAUCUUAGCUAUAGCUGGCAUGAAAAGGAAGUAAAAAUCUAAUGAGUCGACAGGAACUCUUUGUAUCAUGUUCAAAGAAAUACAGCACACGAACCUGGAUGAAUGCAGUCUAACAAAUGAAUAUAGUA